UGGAACCCUGGCGCCGCAGGGGUGGAGGUCGCUGCGGACGCUUCUGUCUCACCGCGCCCCGCAGGUUCCUGCGCGGGGACUGGACCGUCCGCAAGAGCCGCCGCCCUGACCGGUUCCGGCGCCCACAGGCUGGACCCCAGCCCUAGCGGAGAGCGACCGGAGCCGGAGCCGGGCUCCCGAAAGAAGCCCGAGCAUCGCCCAGGCUUGGAGACAGGCGGGUGGAGACCGAGCGGCGUCUUCUUUCCUCGCCCCCGGCGCGCGUAGCUCGCCCGGGCCGCUUCCCAAGCGCACCGUCCUUAAUAAUGCACCAACAGGUCCUACCAGUUACGAGCUGCGGGUGCUUUACAUGCAUGCUUAAUCAUUAAAGCUCCCAACAGCCCUGUAAGCAAAAUUCUGCAGCAUCUCUGGAAUACUACCUGAGAAUUUCGGGGUGCCAUGUCCAAGAAGCGCAAAUGGGAUGAUGACUAUGUUCGUUACUGGUUCACCUGUACAACGGAGGUUGAUGGAACUCAACGCCCACAGUGUGUAUUGUGUAACUCGGUAUUUUCAAAUGCUGACCUCAGACCAUCAAAAUUGUCUGACCAUUUUAACAGACAGCAUGGUGGUGUAGGUGGGCAUGAUCUCAAUAGCCUGAAACAUAUGCCAACACCAUCUGAAAGGAAUGAAACCUUGAGAGCAUUUGGAGUUGCAUCUCAUGAGGAUGCCUUGUUACAAGCAUCAUAUCAGUUUGCAUAUUUAUGUGCCAAGGAGAAGAAUCCUCAUACAAUAGCUGAAAAAUUAGUGAAACCUUGUGCGUUGGAAAUAGCACAAAUAGUUUUGGGACCAGAUGCACAAAAGAAGCUUCAGCAGGUACCUUUAUCAGAUGAUGUUAUCCAUUCUAGAAUUGAUGAAAUGAGCCAGGAUAUCUUACAACAAGUUCUAGAAGACAUCAAAGCCAGUCCCCUUAAAGUGGGCGUUCAGCUUGCUGAGACAACUGACAUGGAUGACUGCAGUCAGCUAAUGGCAUUUGUACGAUACAUAAAAGAAAGAGAGAUCAUAGAAGAAUUUCUGUUCUGUGAACCUUUGCAGUUAACAAUGAAAGGAAAAGAUGUGUUCAAUCUCUUCAGAGACUUCUUUCUGAAGCAUAAGAUAGCACUUGAUGUAUGCGGCUCCAUUUGUACUGAUGGUGUCUCUUCCAUGCUAGGAGAAAAUUCGGAAUUUGUUGCUUGUGUGAAAAAAGAGGUACCUCAUAUCGUGAUCACACAUUGCUUGUUGAAUCCUCAUGAACUUGUCAAAAAGACCUUGCCUACAAAACUAAGAGAUGCUCUGUUUACUGUGGUGAGGGUAAUAAAUUUCAUCAAAGGACGAGCUCCAAAUCAUCGCCUCUUUCAGGCUUUUUUUGAAGAAAUUGGAAUAGAGUAUAGUGUCCUUCUUUUCCAUACUGAAAUGAGGUGGCUUUCCCGAGGUCAAAUACUUACUCAUAUUUUUGAAAUGUAUGAAGAAAUAAAUCAGUUCCUUCACCACCAAAGCAGUAAUUUAGUUGAUGGCUUUGAAAAUAAAGAGUUUAAAGUUCACUUAGCAUACCUUGCAGAUUUAUUCAAACACCUAAAUGAACUUAGUGCAUCUAUGCAAAGGACUGGGAUGAACACAGUAUCAGCUAGAGAAAAGUUAUCUGCUUUUGUUAGAAAAUUUUCAUUUUGGCUAAAGCGAAUUGAGAAAAGAAAUUUUACCAACUUUCCUUUCCUUGAAGAAAUAAUUGUUGCAGAUAAUGAAGCAGCUAGCAUUGGAGCGGAAAUAACCCUGCAUCUGCAACAGUUGAGCGCCUUCUUCCAUGGAUAUUUUUCUGUUGGAGAUCUUGAUGAGGCAAGUAAAUGGAUACUGGAUCCAUUUCUUUUUAAUCUGGAUUUUGUUGAUGACGGUUACUUGAUGAAAACUGAUCUUGCCGAAUUACGAGCUAGUGGCCAAAUCCUCAUGGAAUUUGAGACCAUGAAGCUUGAGGAUUUCUGGUGUGCUCAGUUCACAGUGUUUCCAAGCCUGGCCAAGACAGCUUUGCAAAUCCUUGUACCAUUUGCAACUACAUACCUGUGCGAGUUGGGAUUUUCAUCACUUUUACAUUUUAAGACAAAGUCCAGAAGCUGCUUUAAUGUGAAUGAUGACAUCCGUGUGGCUAUUUCAAAAAAAGUUCCUCGUUUCUCAGACAUCAUUGAACAAAAGCUACAGCUGCAGCAGAAGUCACUGUAAGGUGAUACAUUUUUUAAUGUAUAAUUUUUAAUAUAUUCUUAAUUUCAUUGUAAAAUUAAACUACAAUUCUGUUUCCUUUAUAUUAUAUUGUAUACCAAAUCCCAUGAAACAGUGCAGCGUGUUUAACUUCUCACUUUAACAUAAGGCGUGUGAAAAUGUUCUGAGAAUAAGAACACAAGUAGCAGUGAAGACUAAGUACCACUGCCUAGUUGAUCCAUAGAAUUCUUCUAAGUAUCGGUUUAACCCGUCCAUGUAAUACAUAAUGACUCAAAGCACUAGACUAUCCAGCUAAAUGGUACGCUAGGCUAGGAAUGGAGCCAGAGAAAAGAGAAGAUCUCCCAGAACAUGCCUCUUCAUCUUAAGAGUAAAGGUUGAAGAACCAAAUGAGAGACUGAGCAGUCUUUCAUCUCUGUGAGUGUUGUUAUGGUCAGGUUAAUGGGAUCAGAAGAGGAUUAUGAAAUGUUAUAGUGGGAGAAGGGAUGAUUCUUGUUUACGUAAGAUUUACUUCUAAAUGUUUUCUUUGGAGUUGGUCUUACAAUGUCCGUUUCUCUAGCUCCCAUGCUCUAAAUAUCAUGACAUUAAUAAAUAUCCUAAUAUCCUAUUA